GUACUUUAUGUGUCGGGCGAAACCAACGGGAUGUUGUUGGGAACUCGGAUGAGGAGCGAUAUCAGCGCUUAGCACGGCGGUGGGAGGGGUUGAGUGUGACAGAACUAAAUGGCAGCAGCUUGUUAAUUUUUUUGUAUUCCAUAGGAAAUUUCUUCUGGGAUGCCGGAAACAUUUAACGCUAACGGAGCGUGUAUUUGCAAUCCGCACAUCUUUGAGCUUCCGGCCAGCCGUUAACCCGGACAGACUGAUGCUCCGAACCGGCAGAAUGGACGAGUUUGUGACGGAAGAAGAUGAGCCGUGGUACGACCAGAGAGACCUGGAGCAAGAUCUGCACUUGGCAGCUGAGCUGGGGAAAACCCUGCUGGAGCGCAAUAAGGAGCUGGAGGACUCGCUGCAGCAGAUGUACAUCAACAAUGAGGAGCAGGUGCAGGAAAUCGAGUAUUUGACCAAGCAGAUGGAGAUGUUACGCGAGAUGAACGAGCAGCACGCUAAAGUGUACGAGCAGCUGGAUGUGACGGCCAGAGAGCUGGAGAUAACCAAUGAAAAACUGGUACUGGAGAGCAAAGCUUCUCAGCAGAAGAUUGACAGAUUGACAAGUACUAUGGAGAUGCUGCAGGGGCAGGUGGACACGCUAACUGCUCGUGUGGAGGAAUUGCGCACUUUGGAAGAGCUCAGGGUUCGCCGAGAGAAGAAAGAGAGGAGAAAGACCGUGCACUCAUUCCCCUGCCUCAAAGAACUCUGCACCGCUCCAAGGUACGAGGAUGGUUUCAUGGUGUCUGACCCGGGCAGUGGAGACCUAGAGGAGUGUCAGCCCUCUGAUGAAGAGAACGAACAUCUGCGUGUGAUGGUGUCAUCUUUGCGUGCAGCUGUGGCAGCCGAACGUGGUCGACGCGAGGCCGCUGAGCGGGAAUGUGGUGCGGUGCUACAGGAGUUUGAGCGCCUGGAACAGCGCCUCAUGGGCGCUGAGAAUUGCCAGCGGCGUGUACACGAGCUAGAAGCCGAGCUCCAGGAGAUGCAGCAACUCCGCAAGUCCCGAGCCUGCCUGCUGAGCGGAGACGAUGGCCUGGAGCAGACGCUGCUCAACUGCGCCCCCGAGACGGACACACCAGAUGAUGCAGUUAUGGCUGGAACCCAGAACGGAGAUGCAAAUGAUGGAGCGGCACCCGUCCGGAAGAGUUGCAGUGAUACAGCUCUGGACGCCAUAUCUGCGGUCGACGCCUCAGGGAGACGCAAAGGCAGCUACGCGCUUCACGCCAAUGGCGUCAGGAAGAGGGGCAUGUCCAUCCUCCGAGAGGUGGAUGAGCAGUAUCACGCCCUUCUGGAGAAGUACGAGGAGCUGCUCGGGAAGUGUCGGCGCCAUGAGGAGAGCCUACGCCAUGCUGAGGUGCAGACCUCCCGGCCCGUGUCCAGGGACCCGUCUAUGAAGGAAUGCCGGGUCGCAGAGCCACAGCAGCCACCCACUCCACCGCAGACGCCCUCGACUCCAGAGGCCCUGGAGGGCAUCAGCCGACAAGUGGAGGCUGUGGACAAGAGGCUGAGCCAAAACACUCCAGAGUACAAAGCCCUCUUCAAGGAGAUCUUUUCCCGCUUACAGAGGACCAAGAGCGACAUAAACUCCACCAAAGGGAGGAAAAGUGGAAAAUAGCCUAUUUUGCUUUUAAAAUUCGUGCCACUGAUUUCUUUCCCUCAUCUUUCAUGUAACGUCUUACAUUUUUUUUGAAACUACAGUCAGAAAGAUGUUUAGAUACGUCUGUUAUUUA